GAACUCUGGACCUUCAGGAAGAACAGACAGUGCUCUUAAUCUCUGAGCCAUCUCUCCAGCCCUCUAAGCUUUUCUUUACCUGAAACUUGCUCUAUACCAGUUGCUCUGGCCUCAAACUCAGAGAUCUGGGAUUAAAGGCACGUGCCACCACCACCCAGCAUAUCUGCAUUCCAGCCAGAUCACUCAGACCUAGAAGGUCUUUGGAUGUGAUCUCUUGCCAGAGCAGCCAUGUUCCAAAUUCAAAUUCCUCUACAACAUAGUGAGACCCUGUCUCAAAUAAACAGCAACAGGAGGUUGGGGGGUUGGAGUAGUGAGGGACAGCCAUAUUCCCUGGAAGUGGUGAGAGUCAUGAAGCCAGCACAGAUGUUUGACACAGUUCCAGCAAAGCUGAUCAGAUUGAUACAAUCCUUGUCCUUCUAUCUGUAACUUUUGGGUUUUAGUCUCUCUGUGUUGCAUUCUUGGGGACUUCCUGCAUUAUGAUUCAAUUUAUUUCUUUUCCUGAAGAAUUAUGUCUGAGUCUUUUUAGGAAAAUCCUAAAAUUAACUUUAUCUGGCCACUAUUGGAAAGUCUUCUUUAUGCCUGGAUAUCAUUAAGCACAGAUAAGCACAUCGCCAUUACUCCAGGGAUCUUCUUGGGUUACCUGCCCCCGAGCUAACUCAAACAGUAUAUUGUUUGUCCCUGCCUUUAUGUCUGUGUACCACAUGUGUGCCUGGUACCUUGGAGACUAGAGAAGGACUGUGGAUCUUUUGGAACUAGAGUUAUAGAUAGUUGUGAGCCACCAACCCCCAGUCCUGUCGAAGAACAGCCAGUGCUCUUGUCCACUGAGCCAUCUCUCCAGCCCCUCAUUGGUUUAAUUUUUCUGUGUUCACUGAGCAUAUAGCACACUCAUCUGGUUCUGAAAAGUGGAACAGUGGUUAAGAUAUCCUGUGGGAGAUUCUGGUUCAACCCUGGACCUAGCAUAGCACACCCAGAUCUGUGAGGGCUAGGCCUACCCUAGCAGGUGAGGAACCAUAGCUACCAGCUUCUAACUGGACCCUGGCUUCAGAGAGUUCAAGACAAUGAGAUGUAUGCAGAAUGCCCCCAAGAAGGACUCCCCUAAGCCCCAACAAAGUUCUCAACUGUUUGAUCUCUGGCUCCAAUACAAUUUGGGGUUUUUGAUUUGUUUCUUAUUCUGUACUGGCUUGCCUCCUGGACUGGCCCUAAUCCCGUGAAGCCAGUCACAAACUGAAACAGAAAGCGCUCUCUUUACCUCUCACCCUUCACCCAUUACUGUCACCAAGUUGGGCAGGAGUGGUCACACCAGGGACAUCUGGACUGGGACACCAGAGUUCCUAGGAUCAAGACCGUGCCUGAGCUGUUUUAGCAGGUGCUUCUCCGGCGUUUUUGUCCUUCCCCCUGGGACUUAACCUUCUGAACUUUCCCACAAUUUGCCCGGCCUCAGAGUCUGUGUUACCCCAGAGCCUAGAGCCUAACACAGCUAGCUACGUAACUGUUGGACACGCCUCUCCUCUGGCUCCGCCCCAACCCAUGUGGCACCGCCCUGCUGACAACUCCGGCCCUCCACCAGUUCUGCGGCCAUGGUUGCGCUCAAGGGCAUCCCGACGGUGCUGUCGCCUGAGCUGCUGUUCGCGCUUGCGCGGAUGGGGCACGGAGAUGAGAUUGUCCUUGCAGAUGCAAACUUUCCUACCUCCUCCAUCUGCCAGUGCGGUCCUGUAGAGAUCCGAGCAGAUGGCCUGGACAUUCCACUGCUCCUGGAGGCUGUGCUGAAGCUGCUGCCCCUGGACACCUAUGUGGAAAGCCCGGCUGCUGUCAUGGACCUGGUGCCCAGUGACAAAGAGAGGGGCUUGCGGACCCCAGUAUGGAACCAUUAUGAAUCCCUUCUGUUCAAUGCUGGCUGCAAGACAGCCCUGAUGAAAAUAGAGAGAUUUGAAUUCUAUGAACGUGCAAAAAAGGCAUUUGCUGUUGUUGCAACUGGGGAGACAGCACUCUAUGGAAACAUCAUCCUUAAGAAGGGAACCCUUGAUCUCGGGCCCUCAUAGAGACCACACCAGGCUGAGAACUGGCUAUGCCUGAACCCAGUCAGCAGGACUUCUCUUGGCAGCACCCAGACCUGUACACCAGCCUGGGGUUCAAGAAGAUGGCAGAUCUUGAGAGACUGCUGACCCUGACAGAGAUUCCCCUUCUGAUCUGUAAAAUUGAUGGGGGAGGAAGAACAGUCAUUGUCAAUCUUUCAUCUAAAAGUUUUGUACUCAUAAA